AUGGCGGCGGGCGAGCCCGACGAAGCUUCCCCCUUGCUGGGCGUUCAACAGUCCAGCAACAUGUCUGAUGGCGUGGAAUCAGUCGGCAAGCAGGUCCGAAGUUUGGCUGAACCCCAAGCAGAUUGGGAUCCGGAUACACCACAGAGUCCAUCUCGGCUCGACGAAAGUGACUUUGUCACCGCCACAGAGGACCGCGAUCUCAAACGAGGUCUACACCAACGGCACGUGUCGCUCAUUGCCAUCGCUGGGGCUAUUGGCACCGGUCUCUUCUUAGGUCUCGGAGGAUCCAUUCAGACUGGUGGUCCGCUGGGAGCACUGCUUGGCUAUGCGACCGUCGGUCUCAUUGUCUGCGCUGUGCAAUUUGCGCUUGGCGAGGCAACGGCGCUGUUUCCGGUCACAGGCUCCUUCGUCCGCCAUGCGGAGGUCCUAGUCGAUCCGGCCUUAGGCUUUGCUAUCGGGUACAACCUAGUGUACGGCAACUGCCUCUCCAUCCCGACCGAGAUCACGGCCAUCUGCGUCUUGUUUCAGUAUUGGACCGACAUCAACUCCUCACUAUGGAUAGUAAUCUUCAUAGCUCUAACCGUUGCAGUCGGUCUCUGUUUCAUCGGCAUCUACGGCGAGAUCGAGUUCUGGUUCGCUCUGCUCAAGAUCGUCUUCAUCAUCUUCCUGGUUCUGCUUGGCCUGAUCAUCGACCUUGGCGGCGUCUCAGGAACGCCUCGCAUCGGCUUUCGCUACUGGAAACAUCCUGGCCCGUUUGUGGAGUUCAUCGGCACGGGUUCCUGGGGCCGCUUCCUCGGGUACUGGGCAGUGAUGAGCAACGCCGUGUUCAGCUUUGCUGGGACCGAAAGUCUUGCGAUGGCCGCCGCCGAGACGCGGAACCCGCGCGUCACAAUCCCCAAGGCAUGCAAACGGGUGUUCAUCCGAGUGGCAACCUUCUACAUCCUUGCCGUGCUUGUCGUGGGCAUGCUUGUGCCGAGCGACGACCCCAGACUCGAUGACCAGUCCGGGACUGCGGCACAGAGCCCUUUCGUCAUCGCCGCCAGCGCUGCCGGCCUCCGCGGUGUGCCCUCCCUCGUCAACGCCAUCGUCAUUACCUCCGCGUGGUCGAGUUCAAACCAGUCCCUGCUUUCCGGCACUCGCGUCCUGUACGGCCUCGCGCUCAAGAAUCAAGCGCCGAAGCUGUUCCUGCGGACGACACCCUGGGGCACACCAUACAUUUGCACACUCUUCUUCGGGGCAUUCAUGUUCCUUGCCUUCAUGAGUCUGUCGACAGGUGCCCUGACGGUCUUCUGGUGGCUCGUCGACCUCACCGCGUGUGGUGUGUUGAUUUCAUGGAUCACCGUGCUUUUGAACCAUUUGCGGCUGAUGCGCGCCAUGAAGGCCCAGGAGCUCGAGCUGCGAAAGCUACCAUGGCAUUCAAAGCUAACUGAAUACUCAACGCCCGCAGCUCUGAUCCUGUGUGUUACCAUCCUCCUCACUGCUGGAUUUCCAGUCUUCACCAAGGGGAACUGGUCAACCAGCGGGUUCAUUUCAUCGUAUCUGGACAUUGCACUUGUGAUCACCGCCUACAUGGCGUGGAAGAUACACAAGCGGACGAAGAUCGUCACGCUGACGGACAUACCGCUCGAGGAAGCGCUCUUUCGGGCAGACCAAGAUAUAGAGCAAGAGUCUGAACAGCCAGGCUGGCGGCACGUGGUUGGCUUUCUUUGGGACUAA